AGAUGACCUGAGGCCCUGCAAGAUGAAGGUGUUUCUGUUUCUUCUGUUGCUGGCUAUCAUUUGGAUGGAUUUUGUGCAAACCUUCAGAUGUUACACAUGCAAAGAACCUUCUCCUGUUGAGGAGUGUGUGACCAUCCAGCAGUGCAAGACGAAUGAAACCAUGUGCAAGACCACCAUGUAUUCCCGGGAGGAUGUUUACCCCUUCACAGGCAUCCCAACCGUCACCAAGAUGUGCUCCUCUGUCUGCACCCCAUCCGACGUGGAUGGCAUUGGCAUGACGCGCCCCGUCCUCUGCUGCUACUCCGACCUGUGCAACAUUAAUGAUGGUGCAGCUACUUUGAGGGUCAGCUUUGUGCCAGUUGGGAUGCUGGCAAGUUGCCUUUGUGUCCUCUUCUGGUCUAGACCGUGAUGGGACAGCCUUUCAUGCUGAAGAAGCCAGUGAAGAAGGGGAUAAAGCCCUGCCAGGCCAACUUGCUUUUUAGAUGCCUCAUGGACAAGCCCCAACAGCUGCCAGAAAUUGCUGCUUUGGUGUCUGCCCUUUCCCUGUGACUGAGAGAGAAGCAAAACUCAGCAAGUCCUGACACAAGUUGAGUUGGAGCUUCACUUCCACAGCUGCCACUAGGCUCACUGGGGAGUUUUUUUCCUUUGCUGUGGUGGUCUGGUUGGUUUUGAACUAAAAAGUUCUGCUGUAGGAUGCCUGUUAAAAGCAAAAGCCCUGGUGCUAAGAGCCUUCCAUACCUCCUUAGAGCAGCUUUCCCCCCAGCUGUUAGCCAGCAGAGCAGCUGAAUUGGGCAGUUUUCUGAUGAGUUCUGUGGCAGGUCCCCUCCACCCCACACACCCCUCACUCCACAUGUGCUGCCUCAUUGGCUUCUCUAGAUCUCCUCCUUUGUACACAAGACAUUAAGGAGGCACUUC